UUUUGUUACGAUUAUCAAACUGCAAUACGAGCGUAUCUGGUGGUUAUAAUUAUAAUAAUUAUAGUAAAACUUUGUAUAUGUACAUAUAUGACCAAAUGUGGGUGUUGCAAACUCUUUAGCUACUGUAUAUAGCAGUCACUAUAAUAAUUAUUCCUGUCCCGUUUUACGUAGUACGCACUUUGUAUGUUUGAAGCGUUUCUGUUUUGACAGCGUGAUUAUUGUUGAAUUAUUCUGUACCUUUAUUGCUAUUCAGUGUUGCAUAUGUUACAAGUAGAUCUAAUAAAACACCCAAUUCACAGGUUCCUGAACUUUCUCGGUGAAAAGGUCCUUUAUAGUUUCUAUAAUUAUGAAUGCUAUCUUUUUUGUAAUUGCAACCUUUAUAUUGCUUUAUCAAACAGCAUGCUAUGAUAGUUAGAUAUGAAACCUUGCCUAUAGCUACGUUAUGAGCAUUACAGUCUGCUUGCUGUCUAGAUAUACAGUAUCUCGCAUCAUUCUCACUAGCUAGCUCGCUAUAUAAUUAUACAAUCAUGAAUUCUUGUAGGCAAUCUUCAAAGGCAUCAAAAAACACAUCUAUAGAUUCACAAUCAUUGGCCCAUAAUGAUAAUGUUAUAAUAAUAUUAUGCCUCGGUGCGCAUGCGCAAGCUAGGUAUACGGUAGUCAAAGAAAGAAAAAAGAAGCGUAAGAAGAAAGAAGAGUAAGAAGAGUGAAAAGCCAGUCUGAGGAAAGCAAGGAGCUUCUAUUUAGUCUAGUGUAGUGUGUACAUGUAGGUGGUGUAGUGUAGUGCAGUGUUAGUGUUUGUGUUUUUAAAUGGUGAUCACUCCCUUGGGUAAUGUGAUUUGCUUUUCGAGUGCCUCUAAGUUAUUGAUAAGUUGAAGUAUGGUAUGCUGCAAGUGCAAUAGAUCGAGCAAGUGUAGGCAAUGUGUCUGUGUAAAAGCCGGCAGAAAUGCUCUGAUUGUCUACCUAGCCGACUAGAGGCUUGCCGCAACGUACCAGAUGUUAACACCGAGAUAUCGUUGACAAGCUCCACGUCCCUUUUAGGGCCUACUGUUCCACUGCCUGCUCUACUGCCAGAUGAAGAUGAUCCAGAUGGUCAGGGUUAGGGUUUGUGCUCCUCUUUCAAACAUGCGUCAAUCAACCAAUGUACUGCCUUAGCCAAUGUAGGGAGCUGUACAUCGUGAGGGACUCUCUGCUUUUGUUGUUUGUAGACUCGUUCCAGUUGAUAAGUGUCCAAGAGUGAGACCCAUUGGUAUAGGAGAAGUACCUAGACACAUAAUUGCCAAGGCAAUUCUGAGGAUACUGAAGGAUGACAUUGGAGAAGCAUCCAGGCCCCUUUAACUAUGUGCUGGCCAAGAAGGUGGAUGCGAAGCCGCAGUCCAGUCGAUGAAGUUUAUCUUUGAGGACCAAGAUACAGAGGCCGCCUUACUAGUGGACACAACCAAUGCUAUCAAUAGGAAAUCCGCCCUUCAUAACGUCAGUGUGCACAAGUGCUCAUCAACACGUAUAGCUAUUCACCCUGUCCGCUUGUUUAUCACAAAUGGUAGAGAAAUUCAAAGUACAGAAGGCACUACCCAAGGCGACCCCCUGGCAAUGGCCAUGUAUGCCAUUGCUACUGUACCUCUAAUUAGAAAACUGAAAGAAAUGUGCCCAGAGGUUAGUAUGCAGAUGAUGCCACAGGAGCGGCAACAUGUAUAAUAACCUAAGGUCCUGGUGGAAUGAACUCUUUCGACUGGGGCUCCUCUAUGGCUAUCAUCCUAACCCAAUCAAAACAUACCUGGUUGUAAAAGAACAACAUAAGGAGAGAGCCACCUCUGCCUUUGCUGACACAGGAGUUCAGAUCACCACCAAAGGCAAGCGCCAUCUCGGAGCUGCUAUACGCUCACACAGUUUUACAAAAGAAUAUGUUACUGGAACAGUUGAGGAAUGGACACAGGAAGUGGAAAGCCUUGCCCGUGUUGCAGUAUCUCAACCCCACGCUGCAUACGCAGCUUUCACACAUGGUUUCACAGGCAGAUGGACUUACCUACUUCAAACGAUCUCAGACAUACAAAAUCUCCUCCUCCCUCUAGAGACAGCAAUAACACAUCUUCUCAUCCCAGCUUUAUCAGGCCUCCCUCCCAUCUUGCUCAACGCUAGAAAGAGAUCUACUCACUCUCCCUGUGAGACAUGGAGGAUUGGGCACUGUUACCCUGCAACCCUGUCCUCACAAUUCUAUAAGGCAUCUGUAACAGUAUGUAAACCCCAAGUCUCUCUCAUUGUGUCUCAAGAAAUGUACCAGAAUGCAGACCCGGAGACAACGGCAACCGCUAAAAGAGAUGUGAGAGCCCUGAACCAUGUGGAACAUGCUCAACAAGCCAAGGAUGUUAAGGACCAGUUACCCAGUGAUCUGAAACGUCACGCAGAUUUAGCCAAAAAAAGAGCUUCAUCAUGGCUAUCAGUUCUACCCAUAGGCACACACGGCUUCCAGUUAUGCAAACGAGAUUUCAGAGACGCCACACGUCUGAUAUAUAACUGGCAGCAACAUCCCCAAGACAUGCAACUGUGGUUCAAACUUCUCACGCUAUGAUCUGCCUCCCGACUAUUCGUUAUAACGAAAUUCGUGACAUCACAGCCUCCCUGCUCACGGAAGUAUGUCACAAUGUGGCUACAGAGCCACCCCUCCAGCCCCUCACUGGAAAGCUCUUUUUGCCAGAUCAGUGAACACCAGUAACCAUGCUCGCCCGGAUAUUCGUGCAAGAGGCUUCUGAAACAACCACCAAUAUGCAUUUUUUGAUGUAAGGGUAUUCUACCCUAACGAACCUAGUAACCAUUCCGGAGAUGCCUACAGGAGACACGAGCAAGCUAAAAAGAGGGAAUAUGGACAAAGGGUUGGAGAGAUUGAGCGGCGAGUCCCUAGUCCUCUCAACCUGGGGAGGAAUCGGCAAGGAAGCAGCAACUUUCUACAAAAGGCUCGCUCACAUGAUAGCAUCAAAGAGACCAAAUCUCUACCCUGCUGUAAUGGAUGGCUUAGAUGCAGGCUAUCCAUUCGCUCCUCAAUCAUGUGCAUUCGAGGAAACCGCUCGUCUCUGCAUAGACCAGUCUACUCAAACAAUAUAUCUUAGGAGGGGCGUGUUCCCCCCCCUGAAUACAUAAUCACCAUAAUUACAAUCGGACUUUUGAUGUUUAUCUCCCCAUUCAACUUUUGACAGUAUUAUACCAGUACAUUGUAUGUAUCUUCAUUGUUUCAAAAAUAAGCCUGAAAAAAGAAAGAAGAAGAGAAAAGAAAGCCAGAAAAUUAAUUUUCAUCAUGAUAUCAUGUGUGUAUUAGCAAUAACUAGUAGCUUUGACAUAUCCACUGAGGUAUCAGCACCCACGGUACUUUCGUUGUAUCGGUUUUGCCGCUGUGCAAUGAAGCUCAACACACAGGGUGAAUGCUCAUGAGCAUCUUCUUUACUGUAGGUCGCCAUUGUAGAACACUGAUUUGGGUGUAAAGUGGUGUACGUAUAACUCAAUGCCUUAAAUUGUGCGGUUAUUAUACCACUGUAAGCUAGUGCAUGGUUGUUUUUUUAAGGAGUAAGGAUGUUAACAGUAAUAUUGUCGUUGUCAUGUGGUGAUUGGAAUCUUCCCCUUCAAU